ACAAUAAGUAAAGAUAGUUGCGGUGGCACUAAAACUUAUGCAGCUGCAGCAGAUUCAAGAAAUGUCAUUAUUGUAAAGCCUAAGUAGAAACAGGAAAGUACUGUUACCAAAACUGAUAGAGACAGUAUUGAUCCGACAAAAAUGGCCAUUAGAGUUGAGAAUAUUAGAGAAGGAAGAGAAAUCAGUAAUCAUUAACUGCAGUAAUGCGGGUACCAAAGAAAAAAUAAAAAAAAGAGAGUGAAUUUGGCAGUAAAUAUCAAGUCGAAGAUGGAAAACAAAAAAAUCCAAAAGUUAUCAUCUGUAGAGUGGAAAAUGAAUAUAUAGAAGGAGAGGAUGAAGAUAUCUUGAGCGCUCUAAAAAAAUCAAAAUGAUUUAAAUCUAAAGCAAGAUUCAGUAAUGAAAAUCAUAACGAAGUUUAAACAAAAAAAUAGACCAAACAAAGGAAAUAUUAUUCUCGAGGUUGAUGUAGAUCUAAGUAAGAAAAUCUCUGAAUAUGGACAUUUGAAUAUUGGUUGGAGGCGGUGCUUAGCAAAUGAAUAUUACAAUAUUGCCAGAUGCUUUAAAUGUGGUAGAUAUGGCCAUACCCAAUCAACAUGCCAGAAUAGUAUAACAUGUUACAUUUGUGCGAAAGCUCAUUACAGCAAAGAAUGUAAUAAUACACUAGAAAAGAAAUGCAUCAAUUGCCUAGAAACCAACAAAAAGCUGGGAAAAACUUUGAAAACUGACCAUUGUCUUACUGAUCCUGAAUGUCCUUGUUUCAAACGGAUUGCUGAGUUAGAAAUUAAAAAACCAAGAAGGCGUAGCAACCAACGGAAGAUAAAGAAUCCACUAACGAUGAAGAAAAAAAUGUGCUUUUCAGUGUGUUUC